GUAUUAGUGGCAUAUUGCUGGUGGUUUCAGAAAUGAGGACUGAAAGUUUGUGGAAGAUUGUGGCUGCAUUUAUACUCUUGUUACGGAUAUGGAAAGAGGUAUCUGCGUUAGAAAUCCCAGCUGAUGUGAGACAGCCUCCUAUCAUAAUUAAGCAGAGCAUCCAAGAUCACAUAGUGGAGCCAACAGAUCCAAUCAUAGUCGAGUGUGAGGCCACAGGGAAUCCUCCUCCAGUUUUUACUUGGACACGCAAUGGAGUGUACCUUAAUGUUGCACGUGACCCUCAGGUUACCAUGAAGAGGCGCUCUGGAACACUUGAGAUAUUUUUUUGGGGACGUCCAGAUGAUUAUGAGGGCGUGUACCAAUGCACUGCUACUAAUGAGUUUGGGUCAGCUCUAUCCAGCCACAUUAAUUUACGUGUCUCCAAGGCUCGUACAUGGCUGAAGGAGUAUUUAGAACCGGUGUCUGUGUUUGUGGGUCUUCCUUUGAUUCUGUCCUGUAAUCCUCCAGUGGGUCCACCCAGACCUCAGACCUACUGGAUGAACAGCUCUAUGGUACCAAUUCGUCAGGAUCGUAGAGUAUCAAUGGCAGAGAAUGGAGAUUUGAUGUUCUCCAGCGUUAUAGCUGAAGAUGGGCUAACAAACUAUGUGUGCACAGCUCGUUUCCCCAACUCCAACAUCAUCCAUCAGAAACCUCCAUUAAUUCUUCAGGUGCACACAGCUCGUAUGGCAGCUCAAAACCUUCCCAAGUUCUUGAAGCCCAAAGGAACAGCCAGCAGUCAGAUUGCAAUGCUAGGAGAGGAGCUUAUCUUGGAAUGUUUCGCUUCUGGCGUUCCAGCUCCCACCAUUAAAUGGUCUAAAGAUUGGGGGAGCUUAUCCAUGGAAGGCAUGAAGCUGGAAAACUUUAAUAAAACACUGCGCAUCAAAAAGAUUUCUAUGGAUGAUGGAGGGAGCUACAUCUGCACUGCCACCAACAAGAUGGGCAGCAUGGACCAUACAAUCACAGUUAAAGUUAAAUCAACCCCAUUUUGGGUGAGGAAACCAGAGAACCUUAUUCUCUCUCGAGAUGACAGUGGGCAGAUUGUGUGUCAAGCUGAUGGAAUUCCCAGACCUCAGAUACAGUGGCUAGUUAAUGGAGAACCUAUUGAGGAUGCUCCUAAAAAGCCUGGAAGACAAGUAUCAGGUGAUACUUUGAUAUUUCGUGCCGUGGUGCCUGACAGCACAGCUGUGUUCCAGUGUAAUGCCUCUAACCAAUAUGGCUACAUCCUGGCCAAUGCCUUUCUUGCAGUAAUUGAUAUGAAGCCACGAUUGCUUGGUCUUAGAGAUGACUUGGUUAAGGUAAUUGAAGGAACUCGGACACUUCUGCACUGCCCAUAUUUUGGAUCACCAAAACCUGACUUGCGCUGGUCCAAAGGUGGAAUGGGUUUAUUAGAAGGAAGUAGAUAUGGAAUUCUUCCUAAUGGAACACUAGAAAUAAAGCGUACCAAGCUCCAAGACCAGGGGACAUAUCUGUGUGUUGCUAGCAACAUCAUUGGACGAGACGAAAUGGAGCUACAACUGGAGGUUAAAGAACCCACUAAAAUCAUCCGUGCCCCGCAUAAUGUCAUUGUGGUGAAAGGGAACUUGGCUGAAUUUGACUGUAAGAUCCAAUCUGACCCAAGCUUGGAGGUAAAGGUCACCUGGCUCAAGGACAACAAAUUCCUGAUUUUUGGAAGACGAAUGACAAGGGAUGAGGACUCUAUGAGCAUUGCCGAUGUAUAUAGAAGAGAUGAGGGUGUUUACACCUGCAGAGUUAAGACCGAGUUGGAGGAAGUCAAUGCAUCAGCAAAACUCACUGUGAUGGAUCGUCCUGACCCACCUACUGACCUGGAGGUGUCAGAUCCAUCUGAACGAAGUGCAAGACUCACCUGGGUACCAGGACUGAGCAACCACAACUCUAUCAAAGAAUAUCUGGUGCAGUACACAGAGGACCUGCUUGCUGAUUAUUGGCUGGUGCAGAGUGGCUGGAAGAACCUGACCAGUUACCCUGGCCACCUGAACUCUGUUGUGUUGCAGCUGAGACCCUUUGUUGAGUACCAGUUCCGGGUUAUUGCUAUCAAUGGGCUCGGCCCCAGCAAACCCAGCAAGCCAUCUGAGUAUUACGAGACUGGUGGAGCUGUUCCUGAUGCCAUCCCACGAAACAUCAAAGGAGUGGGGACUGGAGUGUUCAGAAAUAAUAUGGAGAUCAGCUGGGAGCCAUUGGAGUAUAGAGAGUGGAAUGGGCCUAAGCUCGGCUACAUGGUGUGGUGGAGAAGAAGAGAUUCCAGAGAGGAGUGGAAAAACUACACCACCUACUGGUGGUGUAGUCACAUCAUCUACGAAACUGACACCUUCACACCCUAUGAGAUUAAAGUACAGGCUGUCAAUUACUUUGGCUUAGGACCAGAAUCUUCUGUGAUCAUUGGAUACUCAGGGGAGGAUCGUCCCACUGCUGCUCCAGCUGACCUGCAUGUCUCAGAUGUCGAAAGCACAAAACUGACAGUCUACUGGCAGCCUGUUCCCCAAGCCAGCAUCAUGGGGGAGAUUAAAGAGUACACGGUAUACUACUGGCGAGAAAGCAGCCGUCUGCCCCAUCACAGCGUCACCACAAGGAUCAAAUCCAAGAGCUUUAAAGCAAAUGGACCUCGACUUUCAGGCACCCUGUCUGGUCUCAUUCCUUACAGCAAUUACAAGAUGUACAUAGUAGUAGCCAACAACCGUUUUGAGGGUCCUCCAAGCAACAGGAUUGAGUUCCAGACCCUUGAGGGAGUGCCAUCAGUACCCAGGUCCUUCAGGAUCAUGCAUAAGCAUUAUGACACCAUCUAUCUAGACUGGGAGGAACCUGCAGAACCCAAUGGCAUCCUGACUGGAUACAUCCUCAGAUAUCAGACAUUGAACGUGUCAGCAGGAGAGCGGAUGCUGGAAGAGGAAAUCCCUCCCAACACCACGCACUUUUCGUUGCGUCGCUUUGACCGAUACACCCGCUACAAGUUUAGUCUGGCUGCUCAGACGCAGGUGGGAAUGGGAGAAGCAUUCACAGAGGAGUCGCCCCAUUUCACAACAGAGGAAUAUAGCCGGGAACAAGUGGAUAUAAUCACACAGGGAUGGUUCAUCGGGUUGAUGUGUGCUAUUGCACUUUUGGUUCUCAUCAUGCUCACAGUCUUCUUCAUUAAAAGAACACGUGGAGGAAAGUACCCAGUGAGAGACAAACGGGGUUUUGGACUUGAUUCUGUGGAUGAAAGGGAAGAGGGGUCUUUUGAAUACAGGAUAACGCGUGCACCCACCCUACCAUACUCCAGGCGGGAGGAGGAAAGCCGCCAGGGUCGGAGUCAGGGACACAUGCAGAAAAAGACAAACAGUGAUGACAGCCUGAUGGAAUAUACUGAAGGUGAUGAGAUCGAGUUCAAUGAAGAUGGCUCUUUCAUUGGUGAAUAUACUGGCACCAGUAAGAGAGACAGAGACACUUUUGCAUAAAGCAACUCUUUAACAGGGUGAAAGAGUAUAAAAGACAUGAGACCCUCUGGUCCUGGGAAACCCCAAUUUUACCUCAAACACUGCUGAGCAUGGAUGGAUAACCAAAAUGGAACUCAUGUGCUACCGGCGACAUCAUGCCUGAAUUGUAGCAGAGGCAUUACAAUAAAAAGUUUGGGGGUAAGCUGUAGGUUUUUAAUAGCAGCAAUGGGGCAACAGUGGAUUCAUCGAUUACCAUUUAAACUGCACACUGAUUAUUGUGCACGAGCUAUUAGAAUGGUAUUUAUCAAUGAAGCCAGUAAUAAGUUGAUAAUUAUGUCACAGCGUACUGAAUAACUGUCAUUAGAAUGUGUCAAAAAGGGGAAAAUUACACAAACAAUACUUCUACAGCACAUACUGUACACAUCUCUUUUAGGUGCUAACUUUGCAGUAUUAAAAUUUGUAUCUCUUACGGAUCCUUUGGUCUGUUCUUUUAAAGAAACCUUUAAACAGUGUUUCCUUCCUAUUGCAUUUAUUAAUGAUGGUUCUAAGUAGAACCCUUGAUGGGAGCUAAGGACAUUUAACUCUCUAAAGAACCCUUGAAGAAGCCCCUUUUUUUGGAGUACAUGUUUUGGAAGAACUGUUAUUUGAGUGUGAGUUUUUGCUGAGUGUUUUUCUUGUACAUCAAUCAGAUUUCUCAUGUUUGUGAAUGAAAUGAAAGCACUGACAGCAUAAAAGACAUACUGUACAGAUGUCUGCUUACAUUGUUGGUCAAAAAAAAAAAAAAAAAAAAGCAGUGGACAUACAGGCCAUCAUUUGGAUAUGGAUAUUAGUAACCAAGCUGAUCAGAGUAUGACAAUGUAUUUUUAGCAUUAUCAUUUACAUUUAUACUUGCAUGCAUGCAUGUGUUACACGAAGACAUGAGAGAUGUGAAAAAGUAAUGGUACAUGUAAGGGAUGCAAAAGAUACCCGAAGCACUACUGUACUUACAUUCUCUUUAUUAACCACUUACUGUACUAUAUCAGUAGUCACAGUUGCAUAAUUCAGACUGAGACAAUGUAACAGUUUGUCUUUUCUUUGUCUAGCAUGUACAAAGUAUUUUUCUGUAGUGUUCUUUUGUCAUAUAAUUUGAACUGUACAGACUUUUGUUUUGUUCCACCUAUUACUUCUAAAUAAACUAAAAUUGUAUACCCUUAUGCCAAGCCAUUUAACGUUAAAUAAAAAUAAACAAUAUAUGUAUAGCUUUGUCCUGGUGACAUACUGUCACAAAACACUGUACAGCAUAAUAUAAUUCAGUGGUCAGGAUUGUACAUAGUCAGUUUAUGAUAAUAAAAAUCAUGAUGUAUUUUGUAUCCAUUUGAGAA